AUGGCCGAUUUGGAGCCGGUCUCGGCGCCGGACGCGUACGCUACGGAGCCGAAGUCGAAGAUCCUCGUGCUGAUAAUCGUCAGCCGGGACGACCGGCCGCUGCUGAUUCAAGACCUCUCGACUCCCGGUUGGCGGCCCGACCCGCCACACCUCGCUUCGUUCGUCGCACACCAGGCGCUGGACGUGAUCGACGAGCUGGUGUGGACCAACCCUUCCAUGUACCUGAAGGAGGUGGAUGUGUUCGACUGUCUGGCUGUGUGGGCGUUCGUGAGCACGAGCCACGUCCGCUUCCUGUUGGUGACGCGCGCUGCUACGUGGACGCUGCCUGCGUCUGCCGCUGGGCAGUCGACGCCGCUCCCGCCGCCGCCGUCGUGCGACUCGGUCCGGGCCUUUCUGAAGGAAGUGCACGAGCUGUACUGCAAGUACCUAUACAACCCGCUCUACCCACCGAACGGGCUCAUCGUCUCACGCGAGUUUAACCUGCGCGUGCAGCGCAUCGCAAAGAAACAUCUGAUUUAA